AUGCAUACCGAAACAUGUGAUGGACAAACUUAAGAAGUUUCUUAGGAAUUGUGGUGGUUUGUUCUUGCAUUCAAUAAGGAUGGUUCUAUAAUGGCUGGGGCAGCAAAAAAGGAUAUAAAAAUAUAGAAUUUUGAAAAUGGGUAUUUAUAAGAAAAAUAAGUUGGUGUUUCAUUAUUAGCUUAAUAAGCAUAGCACACAUAUUAGUUAAAUAAGUAUGAAUGA